AUGGGUAUUCGUCUGCCGGAGAUCAUUCUUCACGCCAAGCAAAUAACUCACCGUGCGGCGGCGCCGUCGCACCGGCAAGUUGGGUAUGAAGUUACGAAGCAUCGAUCGUCGUUUUCCGAUGUUCCGAAAGGCCAUUUUGUGGUCUAUGUUGGAGAGGAAGAAGAAGACAGGAAGCGAUUUGUUGUGCCAUUGUCGUACUUGAAGAAUCCCCUGUUUCAAGAACUGUUGAGUAAAGCUGCUGACGAGUUUGGAUUUGACAAUCACUUCGGUGGGAUUACGAUUCCUUGUGCUCAGGAUCAAUUUUUGGGUUUAACUUCUCGGUUGAAUAGACUCAUUAGUUGA